AUGAUUCACUACGUCCGUUCCCUCGAUGAUGGCUCUCAAGAAACUCCCGGCGACCUUCGCGUUCGUAAAUCGCUUUACAAUGCGUGGGCCGUCUUGAGUACCGAUCACGCCAAUCCGGAUUGGGAUGAGUGGAUGCUCGAGGCACCUCUCGAAGACGAAUAUUAUGCUGAGGAGGAUUGUCUUACUGGAGACUUCAUCAUUACUCCUUUGAGUAAUGAUGAACUUCUUCAAGUUCUCCCUGCGAUUUGUGACGCGCCCGUCAGGGCAAAUCCUUUCCUGGCGCCGUCUAUGCCUAUCGCUCGUCGUCACCCAUCGCCGAUUGCAGAACGCGCUCCUUCGCCUGUCCAUACUCCAUCGCCCAUUCGCGAGGAAUCUGUCCAGCCAAUUUCGCCAUCCUUCAACUUGUCGUGUUUUUAA